AGAUACAUAAACAUUGAUUUGCGGUACUGCGCAUGCGCACAGCGGUUACUUGGAAUACGAUUUCUACGAAGUGUCUCGAAACGGGGAAGCCCCGAAGGCAAAAUUUUGGUUUUCCGAAAAAGUUGAACAAAAUGGAUGAAGACGAUUUGGAUCUUCUUUUGUUCGAUCAACUGGUACUCGAACCUCAACAAGCAGUGACAAUAGAAGCUGAGCCUUUGGUACUGAACUCAGAAGGAGAUAUUCGGGUAAAACUUGUUGCCACGGCAACAAGUCAGCUGCUGAGAUUCCUAACUGUUGGUUGUGAAGAGGGAAAUGUUAAAGUUUACAACAUAUCUCCUUCCCUUACUACACCAGACAAUGUUAAUACAACUGCUGUUUAUAAACUUAAUGAAAAUGGAAAAGGGCUUUCGGUUCUCAGUACACUUGUAAAGUUUGCGAAAAAAGGUAAUGCAUAUGUGGAGGGUGCUAUACCAUAUGUGUUGGCAGUUUGUGCCUGCUCUAAAGAUGCCAAAGUAAAACAAGAUGCUUUAAAUCACGUUGGAGUUAUUUGCAACAGACCAAGAAUGAUUUUGGAGUUUGUUGCAUACUGUGAGGAAAUUAGUAAGAACAUUUCACGCACAAGUGGGUGGGGUAGAGGCAGAAAACGAGCUGUACAGAAGUGGUACAGUAAUAAGCGAUCCUAUGAAGUUGCAUUUGCCGUGACAAGUUGUUCAACUGUCAAUCAUUGGAGUCAUAAAGAUGUUUUACGCUUAUGUCAUCUCAAUCCAGCAAACUCACUUUGCCUUAAGAUCUUAUGCAUGUACAUUGCGCGUGGUUACCAGGCAACUGAGAAUGCUUUUCGUGAUGAAAUAGCAAAAAGUGAUGAAGCAGAUGCUAUUAAGUUGAUGGAACUGCUGGGUGUUAUUCGUAAGCUGAAAAAUUCAACAGUUGCUGCAGAUAGCUGUGCGUUGAUUGAGAAGCAUAACCUCACAUGGGGACAUAUACCGUGUAAACUGAGGAACAACGCAGAGGUAUGGAAGUGUCUUAUACCUAAACUUGGUAUGGCUGCUUUAAUUCGUAACCUGCCACGUUUUCACCACAUUGGUGUUUUGGUUAAUGGAAAUAUUUGGACAAAGCAAAUUUUGCAAAGGUUGUUCAAUGACGAUUCUAUCGAACAGUCAGAGUUACACCCCUACAGCUUCCUUCUUCAUCAUUACAUCUAUGCCAAAGGAGAAAGUGCUCGUAAAGAAAUGAAAUGGAUACCAGACCCUUUGAUUUCCCAAGCACUGGAUGCAGCAUUCUAUACAGCCAUACCGAAUGUAAAAGCCACAAACAAGAGAAUUUGUAUCACACUAGAUGCUUCUAAGUCCAUGAAAGCUCACAUAGUUAACAGCCAUUGUUUGGAGUGCAGGGUAGUUGCUGCUGCAAUGUGUCUGGUUUUUUCUAAAGUGGAAAAAGAUGUGACAGUGCAGGGUUUUUCAUCCCAAUUAACUGACAUUGACAUUGGAGAUAAAGAUACAGUGAAGUCAACUGUGGAGAAAAUAGACCAGAUACCACUUGGGGGAACAGACUGCUCUCGUCCAAUGAUAAAAGCAAAGAAGGAAAAAAAGCCAUUUGAUGUUUUUAUCGUGAUAACUGAUAAAGAGACAUGGAAAGGAAAGACUUCUCCACAUAUAGCAUUGAAACAAUAUAGAGAGGAAAUGCAAAUUCCCGCAAAAUUCAUUUUAAUCUCACUUGCUGUCCGUAAAAUGGAAAAAGAUGUUGACGGAGCUUCUGAUCGCGGGAUGCUCAGUAUCUGUGGUUUCAACGAAUCAGUUCCUGAUAUUAUCCACGAUUUUAUUUGCGAUGAGUUUUAACACUUCAAGUUUUUAUUUUUUUUUUUCCACAGUGGUCAUAGGCAUAAUAUUUCUCUAAAUAUAGUAGUUGAAAUUUUAAGUUAAACUCUUUUUUAAGUGAUGGUUUUAGUUUUUUUUACAGUGAUGUCUUUUUUAAUUUAAUCCAAAAAAGAGAAAAAAGCAAUUCCUGUUUCUUCUUUAAUGUUAUGGUUACUAUGUUGAAUUUGUUUGAUUAUGUAAAAAUAUUGAAUUUUAAGUCAAAAAAUUCGGUUUUAAAAAAUAGUUUUGGAAACUAAAAUUUGAGCUCAUUAGAAAUGAAUUUACAAAAAAUAUCAUAUUUGUGCAAAUAGAAGUUCCAUGCAUCUUACUUGUUUUAGGUGAUGAUUAUUCCAAACUUGUCAUUUUUAGCACUUUGUGUGUAUUUGCUAUUACUAGUAUAUAGGCUGAUUUUAAUUGAUAAUGUGUACAACAUUUUAAAGAGUGUAACUUUAGUUUUGUAACUCUUACAACACAAUAACAUGCAAUUGUGAACUUUAUAAGUGAACGUAAUCAUUUCAAUUUCAAAAAUGCUGUGUUAAAAUUAUUGAUUUAAAAAAAAAUAUCUAGUUUGUGCUGAUUUUUUUUCAAUUUCUGAAAUGUUUUUUCUAUAUUUCUCAAUAAUUUUGUUUAAGCUAUUGUUUUUUUAACUUUUUUUAAACUGUGUAUCACUUUUCAUUAUACAGAGACCUUGUACCACUUAUAAAGCCUACACUUAUGGUAAGGCUACUGUUAAUAUGUUGAAUUUUAGCAAACCUUGAAAAGUUGCUUUUAUUCCUUUGUGGGUGAGGUUCCGCAGCGUAAACACCCAUGCGACCUGCAAUUUAGACCUUUAUUGGCCCCAAAAUUACUUGCUUACCACAUGGAAAACAUUCAUGUACCACAACGAUCUAUUGUAUGUGGGUGAUGUCCCGCAGCCUGGCACAUGAUGGGUUCUAGGAUUAGGGCCAGGAUUGGCUCAUUACUCCACACGCGGUACCUAUCUAUAGGUUGAGAACAACUUUCUUAUUUCAAUUUGUUGUUCCAGUUUUGAAUUCGUUUCUCUUUACUUAUCACGACAAAUAACGUUGUUUUGAACAAAAAGCAAACAUGCUUUCAAUAAA